AACCCUGCAGGUGGAGCUGGAAGUGUUCUUCAUCCACUUUGUCUCAAGUCCAAAUUACAUUUAAAGGAGCUGGAGGAUUAAUUAUCUUAUCUUAUCUUUUAUUUGGUCUCUUGUUCUUUCUUUCUUUCCAGGUGGAGUUUUUUCAUCUCAAAUCUCAUUUGUUUUCCUUCGACUGAGACCAGACACUCUGAUGACUCUACAGAUAUGAAGCCUCAAACCCCUGAAGAAGAGUCAAGACAAAAAACCACAGAAGAAGAUUUUGGACCUUUGAAAAAAUUAUGGUAAUUUCUUAAGUAAAUAAACUGAAGGAGCCUUUAACCUCCCUCAGAAUCUGGAGGAAACUAAAGAAUCUGACGAACCUCAGAGAGACUCUAUGGUACCUGAAGAUUCUGAGGAACACAAGAAGAACCUUGAGAAGCUUUGAAGAAUCCCAGAGGAACUUUAGAGAAACCUGUAGAACUCUCGAAAAAUAAACAAGAUCCUGGAGGGACCCAGGCAGAAACCAAAGUGUUUCAAGGAGUUGCAGAAGGAAGAGGACUGGUAUUGAUCCUUGAGGAAACCCCGGAAGAACUCUUUGGAGCCAACAGAACCUAAGAUAAUCAAAGGAAAUCCACAAGUUCAGUUCUUUUUGCAACCCGACAGGGAAUCUCAUAGUCUGGGCGUCCUAGGAACCCUAACAAGUCUGAAGCAGUCCUGAGAACUCUUCAGGGCCCCCCACAGGACUGAUGGGCACCCUGCGGGACCUGCAGUAUGCCCUCCAGGAGAAGAUCGAGGAGCUGCGGCAGCGAGAUGCCCUGAUCGACGAGCUGGAGCUGGAGCUGGAUCAGAAGGACGAGCUGAUCCAGCGACUGCAGAAUGAGCUGGACAAGUACCGGUCGGUGAUCCGGCCGGCCACCGCGCAGCAGGUCCAGGCCCAGCAGCAGAGCCUGGUCCUGCAGCCGGACCAGCACCGCAGCAAGAGGCAGGCCAUCUCCGCCGAGCCCACGGCCUGUGACAUCAGCGCCCUCAGCCACGUCACCCUGCCAUUCUACCCCAAGAGUCCUGAAUCAAAGGAGCUGAUCAAAGACGCCAUCUUGGACAACGACUUCAUGAAGAACCUGGAGCUGUCUCAGAUCCAGGAGAUCGUGGACUGCAUGUACCCGGUGGAUUAUGGGAAAGACGCGUGCAUCAUCAAAGAGGGCGACGUGGGUUCACUCGUCUUCGUCAUGGAAGAGGGGAAGGUGGAGGUGACUAAAGAGGAGAUGAAGUUGUGCACAAUGGGGCCAGGAAAAGUGUUUGGAGAACUCGCCAUCCUCUACAACUGCACCCGCACGGCUACUGUCCGGACUCUGACACACGUGAAGCUCUGGGCCAUCGACCGUCAGUGUUUCCAGACGAUCAUGAUGAGAACUGGACUCAUCAAACACGCAGAGUACAUGGACUUACUGAACAGCGUUCCGACCUUCCAGGUACUUCCAGAGGAAACUCUCCGUAAAUUGGCGGACGUCAUGGAGGAGACACACUAUGAAGACGGCGAGUUCAUCAUCAGACAGGGCGCCCGCGGCGACACCUUCUUCAUCAUCAGCAAGGGAAAGGUGAACGUGACCGAGGAGAACUCAGCCAAUCAGGAGCCAGUUCACCUCCGAGAGCUCGUCAGGGGAGACUGGUUUGGAGAGAGAGCGCUGCAGGGGUGA